GCAGAAGCAGUGGGCAGCAGGGCGCAUGUGCGUGCGCUGUAGCAGCAGGAUUGUGGAAGAAAUGAAUGACAUCUUGCUCCAAGUUUUCUGCAGUUACUACAGUCCAGGAUCCCACAGAGCUUAAAUUUACUUCCAGAAACACACACAAUCAGGACAUUUCCCAUUUAAUUCUUAAACUAUAGAAAGAGAAUAAAUAUAAGGCUAUGGCAUCAAGAGGAGUAUCCAGUAAUAAGCAAACAUCCCAAGGGCCUCUUCACACGACCCCAUCUCUUGGACAAAAUGCAGAAAAGGAAAAAAUGACCACUGCUCAGACUGUGGGCAGAAUCUUAUCCAACAAUGUGCUCUCAGGACACACCAGUGCAUUCACAAAGAAGAGAAACCAUAUUACGGCUAAGACUCGGAAACAUUUUACCACAGAGAGUCAUUGCAACAAAACACACCAGCAUAUUCCUACAAGAGAGAAGCCGUAUCAGUGCUUAGAGUGUGGAAAGAGUUUUACUAGACAGAGUAAUCUCCUAGUCCACCAGCGAAUUCACACAGGAGAGAAGCCAUAUCUCUGCUCAGACUGUGGAAGAAGUUUUAAUCAUCAGCAAAGUCUUAAACAGCACCAGUUCAGUCACACAGAAAAGAAGCCACAUCACUGCUCAGACUGUGGAAAGAGUUUUACUAUACAGGGUCAUCUCCAAAAACACCAGCGUAUUCACACUGGAGAAAAACCAUAUCAGUGCUCUGACUGUGGGAAGAGUUUUACAUCAGACAGUAAUCUGCUAGUACACCAGCGCAUUCACACUGGAGAGAAACCGUAUCACUGCGCAGACUGUGGUAGGAAUUUUACUACACAAAGUCACCUCCAACAACACCAGCACAUUCACACAGGAGAAAAACCAUAUCACUGCUCAGACUGUGGGAAGAGUUUUACUAGACAGAGUCUUCUCAAAACACACCACCGUAUUCAUACAGGGGAAAAGAGGUAUGACUGCUCAGACUGUGGGAAGAGUUUUAAUACACAUAAUUAUCUCCAAGUGCACCAGAGAAUUCAUACCGGAGAGACACCAUAUUAUUGCUCUGUGUGUGAAAAGGGGUUUAAUACACACAGUAAUCUCCAAGAACACCAGAGAAUUCACACAGGAGAAAAGCCAUAUAGCUGCUCAGACUGUGGAAAGAGUUUUACUCAACGGGGUCAUCUCCAUGAACACCAGAGAAUUCACACUGGAGAGAAGCCGUAUCACUGCUCACUUUGUGGGAAGAGCUUUCAUCAACAGAGUCAUCUCCGUAGACACCAGCGUGUUCAUACAGGAGAAAAGCUACAUGACUGCUCAGUGUGUGGGAGGAGUUUUACUACUCAAAGUAACCUCCUAGUACACCAGAGAAUUCACACCGGAGAAAAACCAUAUAACUGCUUAGAGUGUAAAAAGACUUUUAAUCAACAGAGUCAUCUCCAGAGACACCAGCGCAUUCACACAGGAGAGAUGUUCCCGGUGAGGUCCCAAAAUGUCUGGUCUCAAAGAAACUCUGAGGUGGUUAAUUUGUGGUGAGAUGAUCUGACCACACAAACCGAUAUACCCUGCAAGUUUGAGCUAAAUCUCUGUGCAGUUUUAGUUUGACCUGGUAUAUUGCCAAAACAAUUACUGCACCCAAUACAAAUGCCAUACUGGCUGCUGCUCCAUGAUAAACUACACAUUACUAUCUUUCUAUAUUUACAUUAUUGUCCCCUUUAAAUACAACUUUGACCAGUGAGCAGAGAGUAUGUUCUUACAUGGUUUCAUGUCAAACAUUUUAAUGCUUUUGAUUGCAUUGUUUUGCCUGUGUAUAAACAAAGCACACCUAACCAAAAAUGCUUCAGGUUUACGCCUGGCCCACACUACAGGAUAACUGGGCUGAUUUUGAAACAAAUUUGCUUGUUCUGACAAUCCAAAAACUGUAAUUAUAUACUAUAAAACCAUGUACUAUGAUCCUGUAGUGUGUGGCAUCUAUAAUCCUUAGUUUUCCGAUCAUCUCUAAGACCAGUGGGACCCCCCCACUAUAAAAAAUUAUAUAUUUAACUUCACAAAUGCUAUUUGAAAAAAAUCAUUUUUCAUACAGUGUAUAUGGGUCAAUAACGUGACGCCUAAAUUUUGUGUCCAACUACAUUUUUUUCAAUUAAAAAAGGUUUAAAAGCAUAAAAAGUUUUCAUAGAUAUGUAGUGCACUUACUUUUACUUUUUAAAAAUAAUUAGUUCAUCAAAAAGUUUUAGUUAUUUAAAGUGUCAAAAUAUCAUGUUGUGCGACUGUCCCACCAUGACUAUUGUUUUGAAAACUUCUUUAAAAUUACUCCUAACCUAUAUAUUUAAUUUUUUUGCCCUUUUCGACAUGGUUUUCAAAGUGUUUUUUAGUCCUGUACAAAAUUGCAAAGCAUUAGUAAUUUUAUUUUCAUCGUAAUAUACAAGGAUUCAAGGAGAUUUUAUUGUCAUUUGCAUCACAUGUGGUACAUGAGGUGAAACAAAAUUGUGAUCUCACGAUCCAGUUUACACCCAAGAGCUGUUAUUGAAAUAGAUAUAUAGAUAAAAUAAAGAAUAAAAAAAAAAUAGAGAGAGUAGACAGGUUGCAGCAACAUGAAGUCCAGAGUGCAAGUGUUCUAUAGCAGCAUGAUAUGGAAUUAGAGCAGUAGAAGAUAAAGUGUCUCAGUGCGGUUUAAAGUGACAGUGUUUGUAAACAGUAAUUUGUCCUUGGUGUCAGUGCAGUGUGUUGUUAGGUGGAGUUUAAGAGUCUUACAGCUUCUGGAAUGAAGCUGUUUCUGAGUCUGGUUGUUUUGCUCCGCAGCCUCCGGCCUGAGGGGAGCGGGACAAAAAGUGCGUGUGCUGGGUGGGUGGGAUUCUUCCUGAUGUAUCUGGCCCUUUUCCUGCAUCUGGAGGUGUAGAUGUCCGUGGUGCUGAGGAGGCUGACUUCAACAAUCCUCUGUGCAUCCUUCACCACCCUCUGCAGAGCUUUCCUGUCUGUAGAAUGCCACAAGUUGAUGCUGGAGCACUCGAUGCUCUCCAACACACAUCUGUAGAAGGAAGUGAGGACUGCGCACCCGAGUCCAGCUCGUCUCAGCUUCUUGAGGAAGUAGAGCCGCUGAUGUGCCUUCCUGACCAGAGUGGAAGUGUUGUUGCUCCAGGUGAGGAUGCUGCUCAGGUGCACACCCAAGUAUCUGUAGCUGUCAACCACUUCCACCGCAGAUCCUCCAAUGUGCAGGGGGAGGUGGGCAUGCUGGCCUCUUCUGAAGUCCACAAUCAUCUCCUUCAUCUUCUUUACAUUGAUGCAGUGUUUUUUUUUUGUUUUCUCUGCACCAACCCUCCAGGUGUUCCACCUCCUGCCUGUAUCUGGACUCAUCUCUGUUCGUGAUGCAUCCUACCACUGCCGUGUCGUCCGCAAACUUCACAAUACAACAGCCUGGAUGGAUAGGUGAGCAGUCAUAUGUGAGCAGUGUGAACAGGAGGGGCUCAGCACACAGCCCUGAGGGGAGCCAGUGCUGAGGAUUAUGGAGGGGGAGGAGAUGUUGUGAAUCCUCACAGACUGCGGCCUGUUGGUCAGGAAGUCUAGGACUCAGUUGCACAGGGAAGAGAUCAGUCCAAGUGAGGAUAGUUUGGUUAUCAGUGUCUGAGGAAUCAUGGAAAGCAGAUGUAAAGUCCACAAAAAGCAUACGGACGUAGGAAUCCUUCUGCUCCAGGUGGGUGAGGGCAGUGUGGACCCUGGAGGAAAUGGCAUCCUCUGUGGAUCGGUUCUUCCUGUAUGCGUACUGGUGUGGAUCCACAGUGACGUUGAUGGUGGCUUUGAUGUGGGUCUGAACCAGUCUUUCAAAGCACUUUGUGACUAUCGGCUUGACGGCUACUGGCUGGUAGUCAUUCAGACCUGUCACUGCGGAGUGGUGGCGUUCUUCAGGCAAGCAAAAUAUACAAGCAAAAUUUGUCGGAAAGUCUCCAUUUUAUAGAAUAUCAUGUGGUGCGACCAUCAAGAAACUACUACUUUGGGACCUUUAUGUUAAAACCAAUUUAAAUACAGGAAGUUGCAUAAUUUACUAGUUUGCCAGGGACCUAUGGAAGCUGCAAGCAAGUUUGUAACUCUCUCUCAAAUUUGAUAAACAACCUUUUUUACAGCUGGUAUGAAGUUGCUACAUUUGGAUAUCAUGUGGUAUGACCUCAAAAAAAUAAUGAAUAUUAGGUUAUUUCUACAAAUAUAUAUUUUGAUUAUAAAUUUCAUAGUGACCUUUUGUGGGAAGUUAGCUUAUUUUGUUUAGGUGGCCAAUUCUCUGCCUGUAAAUUCUGACUGAACUUGAAAACAUCAUGUGGUGCGACCAAAUGUCAUAUGGUGCGACCAUUGCAGAGUGUUUUCCAUGAUCGAUAUAAGGGCUAGAUUGUCACUUUUUGUGCUUUUAUAUUUAGUUGAUGACAUGUAUACAUAAAGUACUAUAUUUUAGGGUUUUCUUUUGGAAAAUAUUUUAAUGCAAUUUGAGUCAUUUUGAGUCAAAAUUACAGAGAAUGUUUAAUCUUUGUAAAAUAUAAUUAUAAAAAUGCAAAAAAAAUUAAGUAUGACUUGGUGUCAGUGCAGUGUGUUGUUAGGUGGAGUUUAAGAGUCUUACAGCUUCUGGAAUGAAGCUGUUUCUGAGUCUGGUUGUUUUGCUCCGCAGCCUCCGGCCUGAGGGGAGCGGGACAAAAAGUGCGUGUGCUGGGUGGGUGGGAUCCUUCCUGAUGUAUCUGGCCCUUUUCCUGCAUCUGGAGGUGUAGAUGUCCGUGGUGCUGAGGAGGCUGACUUCAACAAUCCUCUGUGCAUCCUUCACCACCCUCUGCAGAGCUUUCCUGUCUGUAGAAUGCCACAAGUUGAUGCUGGAGCACUCGAUGCUCUCCAACACACAUCUGUAGAAGGAAGUGAGGACUGUGCACCCGAGUCCAGCUCGUCUCAGCUUCUUGAGGAAGUAGAGCCGCUGAUGUGCCUUCCUGACCAGAGUGGAAGUGUUGUUGCUCCAGGUGAGGAUGCUGCUCAGGUGCACACCCAAGUAUCUGUAGCUGUCAACCACUUCCACCGCAGAUCCUCCAAUGUGCAGGGGGAGGUGGGCAUGCUGGCCUCUUCUGAAGUCCACAAUCAUCUCCUUCAUCUUCUUUACAUUGAUGCAGUGUUUUUUUUUUGUUUUCUCUGCACCAACCCUCCAGGUGUUCCACCUCCUGCCUGUAUCUGGACUCAUCUCUGUUCGUGAUGCAUCCUACCACUGCCGUGUCGUCCGCAAACUUCACAAUACAACAGCCUGGAUGGAUAGGUGAGCAGUGUGAACAGGAGGGGCUCAGCACACAGCCCUGAGGGGAGCCAGUGCUGAGGAUUAUGGAGGGGGAGGAGAUGUUGUGAAUCCUCACAGACUGCGGCCUGUUGGUCAGGAAGUCUAGGACUCAGUUGCACAGGGAAGAGAUCAGUCCAAGUGAGGAUAGUUUGGUUAUCAGUGUCUGAGGAAUCAUGGAAAGCAGAUGUAAAGUCCACAAAAAGCAUACGGACGUAGGAAUCCUUCUGCUCCAGGUGGGUGAGGGCAGUGUGGACCCUGGAGGAAAUGGCAUCCUCUGUGGAUCGGUUCUUCCUGUAUGCGUACUGGUGUGGAUCCACAGUGACGUUGAUGGUGGCUUUGAUGUGGGUCUGAACCAGUCUUUCAAAGCACUUUGUGACUAUCGGCUUGACGGCUACUGGCUGGUAGUCAUUCAGACCUGUCACUGCGGAGUGGUGGCGUUCUUCAGGCAAGCAAAAUAUACAAGCAAAAUUUGUCGGAAAGUCUCCAUUUUAUAGAAUAUCAUGUGGUGCGACCAUCAAGAAACUACUACUUUGGGACCUUUAUGUUAAAACCAAUUUAAAUACAGGAAGUUGCAUAAUUUACUAGUUUGCCAGGGACCUAUGGAAGCUGCAAGCAAGUUUGUAACUCUCUCUCAAAUUUGAUAAACAACCUUUUUUACAGCUGGUAUGAAGUUGCCACAUUUGGAUAUCAUGUGGUAUGACCUCAAAAAAAUAAUGAAUAUUAGGUUAUUUCUACAAAUAUAUAUUUUGAUUAUAAAUUUCAUAGUGACCUUUUGUGGGAAGUUAGCUUAUUUUGUUUAGGUGGCCAAUUCUCUGCCUGUAAAUUCUGACUGAACUUGAAAACAUCAUGUGGUGCGACCAAAUGUCAUAUGGUGCGACCAUUGCAGAGUGUUUUCCAUGAUCGAUAUAAGGGUUAGAUUGUCACUUUUUGUGCUUUUAUAUUUAGUUGAUGACAUGUAUACAUAAAGUACUAUAUUUUAGGGUUUUCUUUUGGAAAAUAUUUUAAUGCAAUUUGAGUCAUUUUGAGUCAAAAUUACAGAGAAUGUUUAAUCUUUGUAAAAUAUAAUUAUAAAAAUGCAAAAAAAAAAUAGGUAUGUCUUUUAACUUUUAUGUAUUUCUUUAACUGUUAAUCUAUUUUACCAGAUGCCGCUGUCAAGCAAAGUAAAAACCGCUCACCAUAGGCAGCGUGUUUAUUCUAAUCCUGCAGCAAUUAGACUUGAGGUGAGAUGCUGGCCAAAAUAUUCAGAAAUAUGAUGUAAUGAUUCCAGGCAAAUUAACAACUGUUAGAGGCACCUUAAAAUUUAAAAACCAGGUUUUGUCUUCAGAUGCUGCACAAAUAAGUUAUAGGGAGGUAUAUAGCUGGGCAAUAUGGCCCCAAAAAUGUUUUAUUAAACUACAGAUGAUAAAGAAAUGGUUAAAAACAAGUUUUUAUUUAUUUUGUUUUUACUUAAAUUGUCCCUUAAUGGUUAUAGUGCAACCAGAAACAAGCAAAAAACAAUUGUAACAAUUGAGAACAUCUAGUAAUUUUUAGAAAGCUUUCUCCAACAUAGUUUAGGUACUGACACAAUGCACCCUCAAACCUGUUUUUUUUUUGGUUUGCCAUAAUGUUUGCUGCACUUACAACACAUCAUAACACUUUUGUUUUACAUAUAUUACAUUGUGAUGAGAUUUUUGUUAAUCAAAAACAAAAAAAAACUUUAUGAAACAUUGGUGUUCAUGACAAAUCUUUGAUACUUUAAUUGAAUCUGGUUUAAAUCAUGCUGCAUCAGCAGCAGCUCAAAAAGAGGCGGAGUCUGACUUCACAUGUAUCGGAGGAGGCGUGUGCUAGUCUUCAUCCUCCUGGUGUUGGGGCACCACUAGUAAUAGGGGAAGUCUGAAUAAGUGAGUUGGGUAAUUGGUCAUAUAAAUUAGGGAAAAAUUGGGGAAAAAAAUAGAAAACAAUUCUGGUUUUGUUUGGAAUUCUAUUUUUGUAUUUAUUUAUUUUGUUAAAUGUAUUGUUAUUUGGAGCAACCACUCAUCGUGUGGUGAAACCUAUAAUAACAGUACUGUAUUAAAUUUAAUAUAAAGUAUAAUUUUUCUGUUGCUGAAAUAUUGUAUGGCAGUAUGCUGAAGUUAAUGGUGUUUUAGAACACAUUUUAACAGUUUUAUAGGAUUUACUGGAAAAAUUACCCUAUUAACUACAUUAAAGCCAAUAAUUGUGAUAAUAAUGCAAAUACUUUAUUUAUAGACACUUUAUAUUAGUGGGAAUUUGUAAAAUAAAAAUAAAGUAUAUUAAGGAAAUGUAUUAAUUUUAACAUAAAUCACAGUCGCACCACAUGACAUUUUGUAAGGCCAAGGCCAAUUCUAAAUGAAAAUACACUAAAAUCACUCAAUCUAAAAUUUUAAUAUGAGUUGGUGUUCACAACAUUUAAAAUUUUGGAACAAUUGCAACAGAUAUUACAGAUAUACUUAUUGUUAGAAUUUUAAAAUUGGCAUGUUGAAAAUCCUUAUACAUCAUUGACCCAUAUAUAAAUUUUUACAGACAUUUUAAUCUCAUUUGAACCAUAGUGCUAAGGCCUCACUUAUAAAACUCUGUGUAAAUUUUGAAGAGAAUGUGUGCGCAUGCACAAAAAACAGGAAAUGGCAUGUGUAUGUAUACCUGAGCGCUGUUUCCUCUUUGUAAAUUAUAAAUGUGCGCAGGUGACCCAGUCUCAUGUUCUGCCUCUAUACCGCCCACAUUUACCAAUAAAAGGUCCAUGCAAAUCCUUCAAUGAAUAUUUAAAGUGGGAUUUCCCAUUCAUACUGAGUGGGACAAUAGCAAGAUUUUGGAGACUGUAAAGUAGAAGUCCUUGUGUCGGAGGUCGAGGUGGGGAAGAAUGUGUUAAUUGAUGCUUUUAGCCAACAUGUAGCUGCAGCAGUUAAUAAUGUAGCUCAACAAGCCAAACUAUUAGAGAGGUUAGAAGAAAGUGUUCAGAUACAAAAAUGCUGCUUCACCUGCACAUAUUUUCCAAUAGUUGUAAAAAAAACCUGUAAAUGUACAUUUAUUCCAUGAUCCAUUGGUCUCUAUAAAUCUGUGCCCAACUUAGCACACAGUUCCUCGAGAAUGGCUCCUUGAAACCUAAAUCGGCUCUUUAAUCAGCAAUCAUCAUUCACAAAAAAAUCUAUUUGUAGAGCUGUUAUUUUUUUUGCAAUUAGGUACAGCUGUUUAUGCUCGUAAUUAUCUGCAACUGCAACCCAAAACAUUUUUCUCUUUCUUUAUUAUGGAUUAUAAUUUGUUAUAAUAAUAAUAAAAUUGUGAUAAUAAUAAUUAUAAUAGUAAUAAUACAUUUGAAUACUGAUACUUUAGAUACAUCUCCUUUGAAUUUUAAAAUUGUGAGAUAAAACAAAACAGAUAAUACAAAUAAAAUUGAAAUACAUUACAGCGUGAAAUACACAAGUUAGUGCAAAAAAUAAUACUUCAUAUAAAGCAGAAUAAGAUACAGCAAACAUUGAAACAUUAUACAUGCAGACAAAAAUAUAUUUAAACAAAUAUGGGUUAAUCCUGCUUAAUCUUUCGUUCUUAGUCUUGAUUUAUGCGGUAUGAACUUAGUAUGCAUGAGGGUAGUUUGCGCAUUUACUUGCUAUUUACUUACCACAUGAUGUCACUAAUUCCCGCUCUCUUUGCAAUCUUCUAAAGGAAUACGGACGCCUUAAACCUUGCUGAAAUGUACGCUCGUUUUCACGGCAAGUAUUUCUUUAUAAAUCACAGCAAGCGUGAGAUGUUGUGCACGCACAUUUAAUAUCACGUGAUGUAUUAUAAAUGUAUUAGAGAUCAGGGGCCUCAUGUACUAAAGGUGCGUACGCACAAAAACAUUGCGUACGCCAUAUUUCACGCUCACGGUCUGAUGUACUAAAUUUGACUUGAACGUGUGAAAGUGCGUUCCCCCACGGAAGUUUUGUUUUGGGCGUACGCCUUUUUUUUGUGCGUAUGUAUUGUGUUUUUGUCAUUUGGCGACACUUAGA